CCUCUGCAGCCGAAGGAGAACGAAGGGAGAAGGUGGUUGAUUGCGGCUGCGCACUCGCUCCCGGCGCUGGGCCUAGGGAGGAAGACUCGCUGGGCUUUGCGUUGGCUGUGAGGCUGUUGUUGCUGCUGCGAUGGGCUCCCGGGCGUCCACCUUGUUGCGGGACGAGGAGAUCGAGGAGAUCAAGAAGGAGACAGGCUUUUCUCACAGUCAGAUUACUCGGCUGUACAGUCGGUUUACAAGCUUGGACAAAGGAGAGAACGGCACUCUUAGCCGUGAAGAUUUCCAACGCAUUCCAGAACUUGCCAUCAACCCACUAGGGGACCGGAUUAUCAAUGCAUUCUUUCCAGAAGGAGAAGACCAGGUGAACUUUCGUGGAUUCAUGAGGACUUUGGCUCACUUUCGGCCCAUUGAAGAUAACGAGAAAAGCAAAGACCAGAAUGGACCUGAACCACUUAAUAGUCGGAGCAACAAGUUGCACUUUGCAUUUCGACUUUAUGAUCUGGAUAAAGAUGACAAGAUUUCUCGAGAUGAGCUACUUCAGGUGUUGAGGAUGAUGGUUGGUGUAAACAUCUCUGAUGAACAGCUAGGAAGCAUUGCUGACAGAACAAUCCAGGAGGCUGAUCAAGAUGGUGACAGUGCAAUAUCCUUUUCAGAGUUUGUUAAGGUUUUGGAGAAGGUGGAUGUGGAACAAAAAAUGAGCAUCCGAUUUCUUCACUGAUGAAUCCAGGCCAAUUUUUUUGUUGUCCUAAUAUUUAAGGAUUAUAGUUCGUUUUACUCUUCUUUCUCUUGAGCAUUGCUACUGGUGCAUGUGAGGUACAUCUCCAAAACCCUCCCCAAUUUGUUCCAUCAGCGUGAACAUUCCUUCUGCAUCAGAACAAAGGAACAUGGCUGCAGUGCAGCUUGGAAUGGAGCAUUGAAAUGGUCUUUUCUUCACGGUUAUUUUUGAAUUGUUUUCUGAUUAUAAAUGAUUUCUUCCUGUGUACUGUACUCUCCCACCAUUCUCUGGACUUUGAAUUAGAGAGGAAGGCAAAUUCCACUGUAGAGCUGGCUGUGAGCUGUUUCAAAAAAUGUACAACAAAGAUCUGAUUGGUAAUACUUAUAUUUCACUCUCUUUUUCUUACCAGCAUAACAGAAACUGCCUUCUACUCUCUUCUUGAUUUUGUUUAAAUAGAUUCCUGUCAAUUUCUACUAAACUUCUUAAAGUAAUUAUGCAGGGCCAGUGGUUUUGUUUUCAGAACUAAGGCUUGGAUGGUUAUAGCCUUCCAAGUGUGUGAAAUGUAUACGAAUUUGUCCACAGGGAGAUGGGACAUCUGCCAAGGGUGUAAGAUAUUAAUGUUGUUUAUUUAUGUAUGUAAUUUCUUUACUAAUAGAAGUUAAAUGCUUUCCUGCUUUCCAUUUUGAAAUUGCUGUUUGUAAUGUGAAAUCCUCUGUUUCUUGCUUGUGCUUUUGAUUAACUAUUUUUCACUGAAUGUUUGUAACACUGUUUUUGUUGCACAGUUGUAGGGAGAGUCUUCUUUUCAUACUAAAUAUGCCAUACUAGAUCACUUGAUUUUUCAGUCUCCACCGUACAUGUGAAAGUUCAUACUGGAGGAAUAUAAUGUGCUCUCAAAUUCUGUGAAAAAGCUGUGUUUUUAGGAAAAUAUCUAGCACAUGUACAACCUGUGACCUAAGGAGAUUUAUUAAUUCUAUUUUACUUCACGAAUUCGUACACCCAGACAUAGUUAACACAUUGGCUGAAAUAAAUAUUAACACGUUUAAUGAGCAGUACAAAACUGAGUGAUAAAAAAAUGAGAUGUGAUAAACUCUUUGGACUAGCUUGCUUUUGCUGUUCAUAAACAAUUCUAUUGUGCUCAUCCUCAAAGCAGCUCAGCAACAGUUUUUGGUUGUGCAACUUAACUUUGCAGUGUUGCUAAAAAUAUUUCUACUGAGAAGAAUAUUCAAAUACUUUGGUCCCUUUCUAUUUUCACAUGUCAAGCUUAAAUAAAUACUAAGUGCAUUAUAUCCCAUUUAAUUAAAUCUUGCACAGUUUAGGAUCUUUCAAAGUUGAUUUGCACUACUUUACACUUUAAAUUGCACAAGGAAUUAUCUUUUCAGUCCAAUCAUUAAGUUGUAAACACCUAGGGAACAUAACUGAAUGAUCUCUUUUGAACAAAAUGUUUUGGGAUUCUGCUCACAAUAUAACAUAGGAAUAUUAUAAAGAGAAGGAAAGUGAUAGUUAACACCAACAUGUUAGAUGUGCUUAUUUUCAAAUAAGCUUCAUCCUUUGGUUCUGUAGCUGUAAUCCACAGUUGUGCCUUGUCCAACCUCUUGUAUUCAUCAGUCCAUGAAUAAAGUCCUUGAACUUGGAGAA